AUGGAUCUGAUCGCUGGUCUCCAGUCACCCACAAGCGGAACUAUUGACAUCAAUGGAUCUGGAGGUGUCGGUAUCUGCCCCCAGAAAAAUGUGCUCUGGGACAAGCUUACUUGUGAAGAGCACGUCUACUACUCAACCAGCUCAAGGCACAAGGACAGAAAGGACAAAGCAAAGACCACAAAGACCUGCUCUCCAAAUGCGAUCUUGCUCACAAGAUCUCCGCUCGCUCUGAGACCUUGUCAGGUGGGCAGAAGAGAAAGCUGCAAUUAG